GUGAAACGUCAGUCCACACUCCCAAUUAAACUCCCCAAUUACUCUGUGCACUCACUUUUAACCAUUUCACACACACACACACACUACACACACUAAACCCAAUAACAAAUUCCCCCUUCUCCAUAUAAACUACACAAACCCACACCAAAACAUUUACAUCGAAAACCCUAAAAAUAAAAAAAGGGAGUCAAAAUUCCAAAAAACCAUGGAUAGGUCCUCAAGCAUCACCAAGAAAACCGACGGCGACGAAAACGAAAGGAAUAUCGUCAUUACAGCAGAACAAGAAGAUGCGAACAACAACGAUGCCGGAUCCAUAGAGAAGACGUUCGAAGGUACGGAGGUACCGCCGUGGCAGAAGCAGCUGACUCUGAGGGCGUUUGUUGUGAGCUUUGUUUUGGGAAUUCUUUUCACAUUCAUAGUUAUGAAGCUGAAUCUCACUACCGGUAUUAUCCCUUCCCUCAAUGUUUCCGCCGGUCUUUUGGGUUUCUUCUUCGUCAAGACUUGGUCUAAGUUUCUCGAAAAAUCUGGUCUCUUGAAACAGCCUUUUACAAGGCAAGAGAACACUGUUAUUCAGACCUGUGUUGUUGCCACCUCCGGCAUCGCCUUCAGCGGAGGAUUUGGGAGCUAUCUUUUUGGUAUGAGUGAAGUAAUUGCAAAACAAUCAACCGAAGCUAACGAUUCUCAAAACGUUAAAAAUCCGUCGCUUUCGUGGAUGAUCGGUUUCCUCUUUGUCGUCAGCUUCUUAGGCCUCUUUUCUGUCGUCCCUCUUCGUAAGAUAAUGAUAAUAGAUUUCAAACUGAUAUAUCCGAGUGGCACGGCAACUGCUCAUCUAAUCAAUAGCUUCCAUACUCCUCAGGGAGCCAAGCUUGCAAAGAAACAAGUCAGAACCUUGGGCAAAUUCUUCUCCUUCAGCUUCGUGUGGGCUUUCUUUCAAUGGUUUUUCACCGCAACCGAAUCUUGUGGAUUUAACAACUUCCCCACGUUCGGUCUUAAAGCCUACGACAACAGGUUCUACUUUGAUUUCUCAGCAACGUACGUGGGAGUAGGCAUGAUAUGCCCGUACCUUAUCAACGUAUCCUUACUAAUCGGAUCCGUACUUUCAUGGGGCAUAAUGUGGCCACUCAUAAAAGAACGAAAAGGUGACUGGUACUCGUCUGAGUUAAAAUCCGACAGCCUUCACGGCUUGCAAGGUUACAAGGUCUUCAUAGCUAUAGCGAUGAUCCUCGGUGACGGCCUAUACAACUUCAUUAAAGUUCUCGCCCACACAUUAUACGGAUUGUACAAUCAAUUCCAAGAAAAAAACAAAAGACCCGAUUUAUCUCAAUCAAGUAAUACUCCCGCUUUAUCCUACGAUGAUAAAAAAAGAACCCAACUUUUCCUCAAGGACCAAAUCCCCACAUGGAUUGCCGUUUCAAGCUACAUCGCAAUCGCAGUAAUCUCGUCCGCAACUCUUCCACACAUAUUCCGCCCACUCAAAUGGUACUACAUUAUCGUCAUAUACAUAUUCGCACCCGCUCUAGCCUUCUGCAACGCGUACGGGUGCGGACUCACCGAUUGGUCGUUGGCUUCCACUUACGGAAAAUUAGCCAUAUUUGUAAUCGGUGCAUGGGCCGGUGGGUCCCACGGUGGGGUCCUAGCGGGGCUAGCGGCGUGUGGUGUCAUGAUGAAUAUAGUCUCCACCGCCUCCGACUUAACACAAGACUUCAAGACCGGGUACAUGACCUUAGCCUCACCACGGUCAAUGUUUGUUAGCCAGAUAAUCGGUACCGCUAUGGGUUGCGUUAUUUCUCCGUGCGUGUUUUGGCUAUUUUACAAGGCCUUUCCCGAUAUAGGCCUUUCCGGUUCUCAAUACAAAGCGCCUUAUGCUCUCGUGUACCGAAACAUGGCGAUUUUAGGGGUGGAAGGGUUUUCGGCUUUGCCGGAUCAUUGCCUGACGUUGUGCUACGUGUUCUUUAUUGCAGCCGUUGUGAUUAACGGGGUUAGAGAUGCGGUCGGGGUAAAAUGGGCGAGAUUUAUUCCACUUCCGAUGGCUAUGGCGAUCCCGUUCUAUCUCGGAGGGUAUUUUACUAUUGAUAUGUGUGUUGGUAGUUUGAUACUAUUUGUGUGGGAGAAGAUUGACAAGGCGAAGGCGGAUGCGUUUGGACCUGCGGUGGCUUCGGGAUUGAUAUGCGGAGACGGGAUAUGGGCGUUGCCGAAUUCGGUGUUGGCUUUGGCUGGUGUGAAAGCGCCCAUUUGCAUGAAGUUUCUGUCUAGAAAGGACAAUGCUAGGGUUGAUGCUUUCUUGGGUUCGUGAAUAUUAAUUAAUUAACAUAUAGUACUAUCUAUAUGUAGUUGUCCGUGUAAAUUAAUUUAUUCUUCAAGCGUUUUACUACUAUAGAUUAUUAGUAGAGUACUUUGCUGCUUGGUAAUUGGUAUUAUAUGAUAAUAAUAAGAUUGUUUUCAGUUUAUAAAGUUUUAAGUGUACUUACGUUGCUUUCUUGUGGUAAGAACUUUCCAGAGAUGAAAAUUGACU